UUUAUUACAUAGAUAGAAGUUAUAAUAUAACACCUAUUCUAAAUUAAAAUUUUAUUAUUAGAUAAUUAUCAGUUUUGUUUCUCACUAUGGCUUUAGGAGUAAAACAAGAAGAAAUAGUUUAUCUUCUUCAAACCACCAAAAACUUUCUAAUGGUUACUUUGCUUGGAGAGAGUUUGUCCCCUAGUACUGAUAUGGAAAGAAAAGAUAUGGCUGACAAGUUAGAAGAAAUGAUCAAAAAGCUGCAAAUGAGUAUCAAUAACAUGCCAAGAUCAAAUUUACAACCAAUAAAAAGUGUUGCCAUAGAUAAAGAAAAACCCCAAGAGGAUGAAGAAUAUGAAGUCUUAGAUAAUAUUUCAAAGACUAAUCCUACUAAUGAAUCUCAUCCCAUCAAAGAUACUGACCGAAAUAAAUGCAAAUCUAUAGUUUCUGCAAUAAAAGAGCUAUUAGUUACUGAUAAUGUUACAAAAACACCAUCAAUCAAUUCACCUUCCCAAAACUCAAUUCUAUCUUAUGAAGAUCUUAAACAAAAAGUUAGUGAAUACCAACAUUAUUCUAUAUCAAAGUUAAAAGAAGGAUCCACUGCUUCAGGAUACUUAUUGAAGCACAAGAAUCGAAGAUUCACAAUUGCUUGGCACAAACGAUAUUGCAUUCUUAAAGAAUAUUUUAUAUUUUACUUUAAAUCUGAAACUGAUUUUAAAGAACUUGGUGUUAUCAUAUUGCCAGGAUACACUUUAACUUUAUCUGCUAAAGAAAAAGGUCAUAUAUUUAUUUUGGAAGCAAAGGAAAAAGGAAGAGAUUCAUAUACUUUCCAAGCUGAUAGUCGUGAUGAUUUUGAAAAAUGGCGCAAAAGUAUUCUAGCAAUAACCAACAAAGAAUGGUCAAACGAACAGUUAAAUGCUGUAGAGAAAGUGGCAACUGAUAAUGUUGAUAAAGAUGAUGAUAAUGAUAGUGCUAAUUGUGACGGUUCGUUCAGUAAUCCGUCAUUUUCACAACAAGUUCAACCAGAAAAAGGAUUUUCUAUUAACAAUGUGUGGAUUGGAAUGUUUGAUUGUGAUGGCGAAUCUUCUCAAGAUCUUUCUUUUAAACGAGGCGACAUUAUAUACAUUUAUGCCGAAAUCGAUAUUAAUUGGAGUAUGGGUUAUUCAAAUGGUAAAACGGGACUGGUCCCUAACAAUUAUUUAACCGAUGCAUUUCAAUAAUUAUUUUCGUUUACAUUAUGUUUUUUUAUAAUUUAUGUUUUGUAAUUUUCUUCAUACCUUGAAAUUUUGUUUAAACUUUUUUUUAUUUUAAAAUGUUGGAUAAAUAUUUUUUUUAAGAGUGAACAAAAAUUUUUUUUUUAAACGCCCUUAACUAUUUAAACGCCCUAAAUUAUUAUAAAACUUGAAGUUUAAUUAAAAUUUAUUUAUGUUCUUAAAUAUGCACAUCAAAAGUUUUGCUCAAACAAAAAUACUUCUAAUAUGCUCUCAAAUUUUAAGUUAACUGUCAAUACAACUGGUUUUUAUUUUUAUUUUUUGUCGUGGAGUUUAUAUAAUAAAUAUAUUUUUAUUUUUUUAAAUUAAAUGUAUAUUUUAUAAAGUUUUAAUAACGAUAAUAGAAUGAGUAAAUUUACAGUAAUUAUAGUGGUGCAGCUCCCCCUCUUGUCUCUGGCACUUCUGGUAAAGUCAGGGGACUAGAGGUACUAAAGCCAAAUUUAAUUUAUUUUUCUUUGGAAAUUUAUACAUUAAUAAAAUUUUUUGAUUUAAA